UUUGCGGAGCGGUCGGGUGUAUUCUCCUCCACUCUCCCCCACGCCCUCCAGGCCCCCGCCGCCGAACCGAGAGCGGAGCCAGCCCGUGGCUCCCGCGGCGCCCUCCCGCACCGGAUCGCUCCUCGCCGAGGCGGGACCUGGCCCGACAGUUCCGGUCACUAUGAGUGAAACAUCUUUCAACCUAAUAUCAGAAAAAUGUGACAUUCUGUCAAUUCUCCGGGAUCAUCCUGAAAACAGGAUUUACCAGAGGAAAAUCCAGGAACUCAGCAAAAGGUUCACGGCAAUCCGCAAGACCAAGGGGGACGGGAACUGCUUCUACCGGGCGCUGGGCUAUUCAUACCUGGAAUCUCUGCUGGGGAAGGGCAGGGAGAUCCUCAAGUUCAAAGAGCGUGUGCUGCAGACCCCAAAUGACCUCCUGACUGCCGGAUUUGAGGAGCACAAGUUCCGAAACUUCUUUAAUGCUUUUUACAGUGUGGUGGAGCUGGUGGAGAAGGACGGCUCGGUGUCCAGUCUGCUGAAGGUGUUCAACGACCAGGGCUCCUCGGACAGCAUCGUGCAGUUCCUGCGCCUGCUCACCUCCGCCUUUAUCAGGAACCGCGCCGAAUUCUUCCGACACUUCGUCGAUGAGGAGAUGGACAUCAAAGACUUCUGCACUCAUGAAGUGGAGCCCAUGGCCAUGGAGUGUGACCACAUCCAGAUCACGGCCCUGUCUCAGGCACUGAACAUCGCCCUGCAGGUGGAGUACGUGGACGAGAUGGACACAGCCCUGAACCACCACGUGUUCCCCGAGGCCGCCAUCCCUUCCGUUUACCUGCUUUAUAAAACAUCCCACUACAACAUCCUUUAUGCAGCCGAUAAACGUGAUUAAUUUUAGGCCACGAAGUGGAGCCUGUCACCUAACGGGACUGCAUUCUGAAUGGAACGUUACGGCUUUUCAGUUUUUUAAGCGAUUUAGACUGUAAUUAGAAAACAGAAAACACAGCCUUUGGGGCAGUCACUGGGAAUGAGGCCAACCAGUUAUGGACUGUGUGGUAACUUGGCAAUAUUUUUAGUAUUUAUUUUCAAAUGCUGUUUAACUCGGGGCUAGGAAGCCAGACCCCUGGCUCUACUCCCAGUUCUCCAAGACCUUGGGCAGGUGACCUCCCCUCUCUGGGCCUGUUCCUUCAUCUGGAGGUUUCUGCCAGUGUUGACAUUCUGUUGUAUAAAAAAGCCAGGACCCUCUGGCUUGUUUUCACUGUGGGCAGUGCCUCUCUGUAAGGGAGGAAACGCUCAAGGUCCACGGACUUACCAGUUCUAGACAAAAGAAUGAACUCCAGUCCGCUGUUGGACUGGACUCUGGUGGACGGCUGGAUGAAGCAUUGGCCAGCUGAGGCCCACCUGAACGCGAGGGCUUCGGUGUGGUUCCAAACAUUCACGAUGGGAGUGUGUUCUUACUCCAACUUAAGAAGGAAAAAGGGACUUUUAUGCCAAAGUCUAGAAAGGGUUCUUCAGCAUGAAAUUCAGGUUGUUGGGGCCCCUCUACCUCUCUCAGGGCAGGACUCUUCAGGGUUCUGCAGCCAGCCCCACUUGGACAACGGCUGUACAUCCCCAGCAUACCCUGGAAGAAGAAUCUACUCAGCCAGGUGGAGACACUGGCACGUGCAGCCUCGGGCUCUGGCUGAGCAGAGCAGACAAGUUUUGCAAGGUGGCCUUUUGUCUUCCUCCCCUUUCCUGCUUCUGCUCGCUUUAUGGGCUGGCGAGAGGUUAGGUGGGAAAGAACAGGCAAGCCGAAGAAACUGGCAGUGGGGGAAGACUUCUGUUGUGGCAACUGCCUGGAGUCAGGAGCCCUGGCUGGCAGCUGCCUCAUUCAUCUACCUGGACAUGCCUCUCAGUAACCUCGCCUUGCUGCCUCGGGACCUCCAAGAGCCCCGCUGGCUGGGGCACUGCUCCAAGCUCUCGCUCUGCGGGAGGAAACGGAGCACGCAGGGGUGUGGAACUGCCCUACGGAUACUCCCUCUGUCAAAGGCCGCCUCACAGGUUCUAUCCUACAGGGAUUUGUUAGAACCUAUUGGUGCUGUGGUGUGAGCCUGCUGACGGCCAGAUGACACACGGGGGCUGGGGAGGAGACUGCUCCGAGUCCUGGUACACAAACGUCAGACUGUCCACCUGUAUCAUGCAUCUGGCUUUGCGGAGACAGAUGUCAGGGUGCUUCCACUCCAGGCAGGGACCCAGUUCCCAUCUGCCGCUGGCUGGCAUUUGAACCCAAGGGCUAAGUAUUAUGCCCCUUUUCCACAGGAAUGUAAACCUGACCCUUAUAUCUGAACUAGAUGAGUCACCCUGUUCUGGGUAGGAGUGCUGGGCCCUGUGACAGUACACUGGGGGAGUGGGGGAACAUGCAACAUAGUUUGUGAAUAUCAAAUCCCCAUUCCCAAAAUGAAGGGUGUGAACACAUGGCCGUGCUGAGGGUGGGAGGUGGUUCCUGAGCCCUCACUAGGCUCUCAAGCACAGCGUAAGUGGCACCGGCUGCCAUGUCUCUGCAUUCAUGGUCUGUGUAGUGUUCACAAAGGCAGUUUUCCCUUUGGCAGACUGGCUGGAGAAAUCCCUUCUGAGACCUGCGUGUGAUGUGCUCCCAGGCCCGAGGGCCUGCUAGUGCUCCCCUGGGACCCUCUUCCCAGGAGAGAUCCUGUCACUUUGGAAUCUGAAUGCCCGAGAGAGGCAGGCCAAGUUACUCUAAGGAAAAGCACCAGGGAGGAAAGGAGUGGCACAAUUCCAUGGAACUUGAAGUACAGGUGCUACGUGGCUUAAGAUGGGGUUCUGUCCCAAUAAACCCAUCAUGAGUUGAAAAUAAAAAUUUUAAGUCAAAAAUGCAUUUAAUACACCUAACCUACUGGACAUCAGAGUUCAGCCGCCUAUCUUACAAGUGCUCAGAGCACUCAGCCUACAGCUGGGCAUUUAUCUGAGUUUCAAGAACUGCUUUCCUCCUCACCAGAAGCAGGAGACAUAGACGGGUACUUUGUAGGAGGGGAUGAGAGAACAAAACAAUAUCCAAAACGUGCGGGCAGCAAUACACUGUAGAGCAUCGGUGGUUUACCCUCGAGAACUUGUAGCUGACCAGAGCCAUGGCUUCCUGCUGACACCCAGGGUCACAUCACAAUAGAGCAUUCUACCACAUGGCCAGCUGGGAAAAGAUUAAAGUUCAAAAUUCAAAGUAUGGUUUCUACUGAAUGCGCACAUCAGCACUAUCAUGAAGUCAAAAAAUUGUAAAUCGGGGACUGUGUGUGAUCAAAUCCAGUCAUCUGUAGAGGUUACCCUGUCCACAGCAGCCAGUCAUGCUGACUGUCACUCUUCCUGGGUAAAUCACCCACCCCAUGAAGCCAUCUCUUUCCAGACCAAAAGCUGGAAGGAAUGUUGCUUUGAGUUUGUCUUUAUAAUUAUAUAUUAUUUUCUUUCCAAAGAAAACUUUGUAGAUCAAUGAAAAUAUUUAGCAACAAAAAGAACAAAACUGUCCUUUUGACCUGGUUCCUAUUUUAAGCACAAAGGGGUUCUGGAGGCAGCCUGGGUUUGAAUCUCAACUUUGUCACUUACUAGCUAUGUGACCUUGGCCAAAACAUUUCAUCUCUGAACCCCGAUUCCUACAUUGGUAAAAUGGAGACAAUACCCAUAUGUCACAGGACUACUAGUUAGUUAGACUGAGUGAAAACAACUGCACGACCUGACACGUAGCGAGUGGUCUAUGAAUGGGACACUCCCAACCCACCCUUCCCAUAGGCAGCAGCAGGAUACUGCAGGAUAGGGGAACAUGUCACCCUGGCAGUGGCACUGUGGCUUUCCAAACAGUGGUCUAAGAACCAAACAUAUUCCCACACUGAGCAGAAAUGGGGGCGGGGGCUGUGAGUGGCUGCCCAGGGACAGUAGGUCCUAUGGGAUGUGGGCCAGGCCCUAUAACUUCCCUGGGCAGUUGGUGAAAACAUUUCCUAGCAUUAAAAUGGUUUCCAUAA